AUGAGUGACGCUGCUGUUCAACGCCCCAGCCCGUCCAAGCGAGGUCGCGGCAGAGGCAGGGGAGGCGGUGGCAGGGGAGCUGCGUCUGCCCGCGCCAGAGGAAAACCUGCCGCUGGCCGUCGUGGGCGCGCCAAAGUCUACGAUACCACUCGUGCUCAGGCUGCCCAUGAACGUCAGCGCGAUCUCAGAAAUGCCUACUCCUCUCUGGCGUCUGCAAUGAAGCCCGCCCUCGAGGAGCUGGCUGACCGAAACUUGGACCGCCUCAAGUCCGAUUUCAACGCUCACCAGGAGGUCGACCAAUACAACCAGAUCACCACCUUCCUCAAGGAGCGACACAGAGAUCGCGUCGACGAGGUCGAAACCAAAUACAACUACAGCAUCGCCUGUCAGAACCACCAGAUAAAUGCACAAAAAGAAUACACCCUGUACUCCUACCGAAAUCGCUUCAGCGAAAAGGUCGAGGAAUAUUACGACACCUUGCUCAGACGCCUUGACAUCCUUCAGCAGCUGUCCCAGAAUGGAGAACCAGUUGAUAAACCUGAUGAGUCGUGGAACUACAAGUCCAUCACCACCGAGGAGGCUGCCCAGCAGGGCAUCUACUGCAAGAUUCACAAGGGCGUCGAGGUUCCUUACCCACGCCUACACCCUGAGCUGUGUCGAGAGGAGGAGGCGGGCAAGUCCAAGACCCUUCGCACCCCCAGCAAGCGCAAGGCCGCCAACCAGCUCGAGGACGCCAACCAUCCCAAAAGACCAGUGAGUGCUCUCGACGGCCAGGCUGCUGCUGCCAUCCCACGUCACAUUGGCGGUCUCCUCUCCGCCGUCGCCCCCGAUGAGCCUGUCAGCCAGCCCCCUUCCCCCUCUCCCGUCGACGACAAUGGCGACGCCGCCUCCCCCCAGGCCAAUGAGCCCACCGCAGCCGCUCGCGGCAGAAAGCGGAAGCGGCUGCUGGAAGCCUCACCAGUGCCUAUGGCAGCGUCUAUGGCAAUGGGAGACGGCGCCGAGGAGUCGGAAGCCGAAGAGGACGAGGCCAUGCCGCCCCUGCCCAAUGGUGCAGGUGAACCAGACGAGUACGGUGUUCGCCUCAUCAACAAGAGAGCGCGGAUCAACGACAUGCCCAACAACCGCAUCAUGACCCCUCCCCUUUAUGAGUAUGAGAGCCAUGAGAUUGGUUUCCGCGACUCGACCAAUGACAAGAGCCGUGGUGCCACCAAGGCGAAGCGCAGGAAGUUCCUCAACCAGCCCAAUGCCGGCGCCAUGUUCUUCGAUCGCAACAACUCCAGCUACGAUGCCACCCGCUACGCCGACGGUGACCUGGACCAGGACACCAUCGCCAAGCACAACAUACAUCCCAAGUACGGCCUGUUCAUGGAGGGCUCCGUCAAUGACUCGGAACCCGCCAGGCCUUACCAGUCUGGUUGGAUGCCCACCGUUUUCGUCUCCGACGACGGCAAGGUCCAACACACCUCGCGAUCCAUCCGCGCAGCCAAGGCGGAGGAGGCUUAUGUCAAGCUCACCAUGCAAAACAUGAUGAGGCGACACAUGGAGCAGGAGGAUAUCAGCGAGGAUGACCUGAUGGACCGGGAGACGAGGCAGCUCAUGAAGGAGCGCGACGAGAAGAGGCGAGAGCUGGAGCGACAGGAGGAUGAGGCCCAAGAUGUCCACGACCAGCAAGUCGCCGCUCACAAUGUGGCCCUCCUCCUCGAUGCCGCUGCGGCGUCCGAAGCCCAAGAGCUGCAAAAGACCAAGACGCAGAGUGUGUCGCCGGCCUUGUCACGCCCCUCGACCAUGUCUCGACCAUACGAUGCGAUCCGAGAUGUCUUUGCUGGCUCCGACCUGCCCCCUGCCGCCGCAUCCACCAUUAAUGCGCCUCGCUUCGAAGACGCAACAAAACUGAUGGCCUUGGCAGAUCUCGCGGCCCUUGAACCACGGACGGAGGCCCUGCCUAUGCAAAUUCCUGCUGAUGCUGCUGCCCAGGAGCCUCGGCAACGAAUCCCAAUCCAGAUGCCGGAGCCAGUCCGCCCCAAGCAACUGCGGGAUCCCUCAGACCUCGAGCAGCGUGAACAACAACACGUGGUAGAUUACCCUGAUCCAGACAACGAGUUUGUCCCCAGGCAGAUUGCCUUUUCCACCAACUUUGUCGGCCGCCAGCCAGGAUAUCCCAUGCAGCCGCCGCCUCAUGCAUACCAAGAACGAGCAGUUUCCCAGAGCCCCCUGGCGCGUCCUGAGAGUUAUGCAUAUCGCGGAGAGCUAAGUGGGCGGUACGAGCAGCAGCAGCAGCAGCAGCAGCAGCAGCAGCCGCCUAGACAGCCAAUGCAGCCGCCGCAGGGCUACCUUGGGCAGCAUGAUGCUCAGUCCUCUGGUGCACCUCAUGACAGCUAUGCCUACGGAGAGCCAGAGACGUCCUACGAACAGCAGCAGCAGCCGCUUCUGAGACGGCCAUCACAAUUAUCACAGCGAUCCGAGGAGCAGUUUGCCCCUGUACGCCCUAAUACUACAGAUGUUGCCUUGCUGGAUCCGAUGCUGUUCGAGGGAGGCCAGCGCCCUGGAACCUCCCAGCUCCAAGCACCACAGCCCGAGCAGCAGCAGCCGCCCAAGUCUCAGGCCACGCACUCUGGAGGCGUGCUUCAACAGCCACAGAACAGCUUCUUUCAGACCGCGCUGAACGCACCAGGCACACCCACCUCACAGGAUCUACCACAGGUAUCAGAAUAUGGCGAGCCUUCUUCUGCCUCCCAGGCGCAUUUCCCACCUGGCCCACCACCGCUGGCUUCUUCUGCUGCACCUCAUCAAUUUCCUGGUGGUCACGAAGGCUCUCCCGGUCGCACGCCUUUCAGCAACCCAAUUGGCACCGAGAACAUGCCGGUGCCCACGCUUCGGCCAUUACAUCGUGGUUCUGGCCCUCUUGUGGCUCCUACAGCAUCUGGAGCGCAGGUUCCUCAGCACGUUAUGAUGACGCCAGGUGAGCCAGCAGACCCAUAUGCGGCCGCACCUCCGCUGCCUCCUGGCUCUGCAUACCUCGACCAAGCCUACGCCCUUGACGGCUUUGGUGGCCCAGAUCAACCCAUCAUGUCGACGGAACAGGGUCCACGGCAUGGCUAUAUGGCCCAGCCCAUGAUGCACCCUUCGCAGCAGCAGCAGCAGCAGCAGCAGGCGGGCCAGGGUGGUGCAUACCCUCCUCCGCAUCAAUCCUACCCGCCGCCAGGAUCAACGGGUCCUCAGCACCCAUCGCACAAUGAUUAUUCCCCAUCAGGCCCUUCUGGCCAGCCGUUCCAGAGCCCUCCUCCCUAUGGUAGCAGCGGCCCAGGCGUGUCUCCGUCCCCGUCUCGGCGCAGCAACAGCAUCUCGUCCAGCUCUCGAAAUAACAAGCAGUACCGCGAGAUCAAGCCUGCGCCUCGCCAGGCUGAGACAUGGGAGCCUCCCAGCGCCGAGCUGCGCACCUUCAUGUUCAAUCCGUACGAGGGCAUACGCGACUACCCCGCGACCGCGCCGCCGCCGACACACGGGCCCACCAUGAUCCGCGGCUGGACACACACCACGGGAACUAGGAAAUCCCGCGGGAAGAACUCCACCGACUCACAUAUCGAUCCUUCUCUGGGGCGAGAGGAGAAGAAUGAUUCUGAGGACACGCCUGCAGAGGAUGAGGAUACGCCUAUGCCGGACGCGCCUGAAGAGCACGCGCCUGUGGAGGAUACGCCUGUAGAGGACAUGCCUGCAGAGGACAAACCCGUGGAGGACACGCCUCUGGAGGACACGCCUCUGCAGGACACGCCUCAGCAGGACACAUCUCCCUGGGACACGCGUCGAGAGGACUCACCUAUGGAGGAACUGCAGUUCGAGGACAUAUACCAGGAAGACAGGUAUCCUGAGGACGCGCUUACGGAAGAAGAUUAUAGCGACGAGGAACCGACACUCGAGACCCUUGAGGGCCCUGCUCAGGGAAGAAGAAACAUGCUCGACAUACUCUCAGGCUUUGGGGAGGCACCUCGUGCCAUCAGUCCAGAGCCGACUGCCGGUACCAGCACCGGCACCAACGCAAGGCAGACAUCUCCGAUGACUUCGGUCUCUUCGGAUGAAGAAGAGAAGAAGAGGGAGGAGGAGGAGCUCUCGCCGAUCCCGUGA